AUGCCAUAUACGCUCUGUGUGCUCCGGCUGCUUCUGGAGCUGGUUCUGCUAGAGGCCCUGCUUGGGGCCCUGCUAGAUUCGCUGGUCCUAGGGCCCCCUCGAUAUAUCGGUGUUGGUGAUGGUGGUGACGGUGGUGGUGGUAUCCCGCUCGGGGGUGCCCAUCUCGACGCGUUCGGUAGACCACCACCAUGGGGGUUUGGGGCCUCCAUAGCGGUUCCUGAGGCCUCAGGGGGCCUUUCUCGAUCGAUUGACGCGUUAAAAUGA